AUGAUGGGCUUCCGAUUCACCAGCCUGAGGGCUCUGGAUCGCACUGAUGGUACGGUGGUGUUGCAACAAGCUGGGUAUAGUGAAAGUGCACCAGCAGACAUCGUCCUCUUCCCACAACCCUCGCCAACCGACCCGAACGACCCUCUCCGCUGGCCACGAUGGAAGAAACAUGUCGCAUUCGCUUCGGUGUGCGCCUUCACUUUCCUGACCAACUAUUCGAUCGCAGGCUUAGCGCCAGCGUUCCAUAUUCUCUCGCUCGAGUUUGAUAAGCCGAUGGACGAGACUGCGCAUCUACUUUUAUACCCCGUCUUGGUCCUGGGCGUGUUCAAUUUCUUCUGGGUACCAAUGGCCAAUCAUUUCGGGAAACGACCGGUUUUCGUAUUCGCCAGUGCCCUGCUGUGCGCAUGCUGCGUCUGGGGCGCCAUGGCCAAUUCGUUCAAGAGCCUUUUGUGGAGUAACAUUGUCGCCGCGUUCGCAGGGUCUUCUACAGAAGCUCUGGGUGCUGCAAUAGUCAACGACCUGUUCUUCUUGCAUGAACGAGGCAGCAAGAUGGGUCUCUAUAUGAACGCGAUAGCAGGUGGCAAUACGGUGGGACCAUUGGUCUGCGGCUUCAUUGCGACCAACCUCAGCUGGCGAUGGCACAAGUGGAUUGCUGCAAUUUUGACCGCACUCAAUUUCCUCACGAUACUGCUCUUAGUCCCUGAGACUCGAUACACGCGUGAGCAUAUCAAAGGCGCUGGUGUGGCCAUCUGCCCUUCGAACGACAAGAUUGUCAUGGCAGACGAGAAACAUCUCCGGCCAAAGUCGAGCAAUCGUAUCUUGCACCAGGAGGUAAAGAACACAUGGAGGCAGGAGCUGAGCCUGUGGAGUGGCGUCUCGGAGACGAGUCUGGUGAAGCUGUUUAUACGACCGUGGCCGAUGAUUGUGUACCCCGCGGUUAUAUACGCGUUUCUCUGCUACUCCAUAUCCCUGGUCAUCACUAUCGCUGUCAACAUUCUGAAUCCGUUCGUGCUGCAAGCACCUCCAUACAAUUGGAGCCCACAGAUCAACGGCCUGAUCAAUAUCCCAGGCCUCUUGGGCAAUGUCAUCGGGGCUUGGGCAGGAGGUGACCUCGUGGACAUGUGGUGUAGGUGGCGAACAAGGAAAAUGCUCGGAAUCUACGAGCCGGAAACCCGACUAUACCUGGUAUGCAUUCCGUUGGUGAUCACAACAGCAGGCUGCCUUGUGUUCGGCUAUGGUGUUCAAAACGCCUUGUCGUGGGUUUCGCUCUUUUUCGGGUACGGCAUGAUCUCGAUGGCGCUCACAGCCAUGCCAACGAUCACUAUAGCGUACGUGAGCGACUGCGCAUUCCCAGUCAACUCGGACGUACUGCUGCUUGUGAACGGGCUGAAGAACAUCGUGGCAUUUGGCUUCCUCUUCGGUGUAAUCCCUUGGGCUGAAGAGGCGGGUUUUGUCCGAGCUUUCGGUACCCUGGCUGGGGUCUUCGCUGGUAUAGUCGGCAUCGGUGCUGUCUUGUUGGUUAUUUGGGGCGCCAGCAUACGCCACACUUCGGCACAGUGGAGGGUCAUCCUAGAGUGA